CCACUUCACACGCCAUCUUCUAGCUAGUAACCGGCCACGGUGAAAUAUUGUGUUCAACCCCAGUGCAGUGUAUUUCUGUCAAAAUACUCGUUUGCUUUAGCUAUACUGAACAAUGAGUGAUAUCGAGGAUGGGAAUUAUGAAGGACGGGGGUCACGCUCCCCAUCUAAAUCGGAUCAUGGGAGUCCAGCUCGGGUCAAGUCGGAGAGCAGGUCCGGCUCCCCGAGCCCAUCCCGGGCCUCCAAACGGUCUGAGUCCAGAUCCCGUUCUCGGUCAAAAUCUAGGUCUCGUUCUAGGCGGCACUCACACCGCCGCUGUAGCCGUUCGCGCUCACGGUCCUAUUCCCAUCGGAGGAAGUCCCGCUCUCGUUCCUACAGCCCUGAGUACCGCCGCAGGCGAAGCCAGAGCACUUCCCCUAUGUCGAACCGGCACCGGCACACUGGCAGCAGGAGCCAUGACUUGACAAAAGAAGCAUACAGUCAUGGCGGUGAUGCAGAUGUUAGGGCAAACCCUGAUCCCAGCACAUGUCUGGGGGUGUUUGGCUUGAGCCUGUACACCACAGAGCGUGACCUGAGGGAGGUGUUUUCACGCUAUGGUCCUCUGGCAGGGGUCAAUGUGGUGUAUGACCAGCGCACAGGUCGCUCCCGUGGCUUUGCCUUUGUUUACUUCGAGAGACUUGAGGAUUCCAAAGAGGCAAUGGAGCGAGCCAAUGGCAUGGAGCUGGACGGGAGACGCAUCAGAGUGGAUUAUUCCAUUACCAAACGUCCCCAUACCCCCACACCAGGAAUCUACAUGGGCCGACCAACUCACAAUGGUGGUGGGGGUGGCAGCAGCGGUAGCAGUAGGAGGGGGAGGGACUCAUACUAUGACCGUGGUGGGUAUGACCGCUAUGACAGAUAUGAUGAGUAUGACUAUAGGUAUAGUCGCAGGCGCUCUCCAUCACCCUACUACAGUCGAUACAGGUCUCGCUCACGGUCUCGCUCCUACAGCCCACGGCGAUACUAAGUUGCUUCUUCCAACCUUCAUCUUCCCUCCAAUAAUUGAUGGUGUGUGAUUCAUCAAGGUGUUUCUGAGGGGAACAUUUUGAAUUAGCAUGUCCAUAUCAGCAGAACUCUUUAAGUUUGAGGUCGUUCUUGUUUACAUGCAAUAGAUGUCUUAAUUUUUUAGACGCUUUGAUGCAUCUGUGUUGAGUGUGGGCAAAGAACGGUUACUGUCACUUCAUUCUUGGACUCGCAUCCUUCCUCUGCAGCAGCUAUACCUGUUUUCUGUCCAGUGAUGGUUAAUGAGGGCUGUUGCGCUGAUCACCGGCACACAGUUCUUGUCAUGAAGGGGAAAGAAAAGUAGGUUAUAUUAAAUAAUGGUGGCACUUAAUUUUACAGCCUGUAUUAAGUGAGUAAAUGUAGUACACUCUAAAGAUUAAUCCCAACAUUACAUAGCACUAACUGAGCUUACCGGUAAGUAGCAGGUAAAUUGGGCUGUAAAAAGAAGUGUUUCCAGCAGUCAGUGGUUGGUUCUCUGCUUACAUUCAGUCACAUUUGUUUAGUUUUUUGUCAAGUUCCUCCAGAGAGUUGUAUUAUCAUGUAUUACUUUUUUUUAUUGUUGUUUCUUUGUAUGGAAAUACAAAUAUGAGAAC